GUGAGGAGUCUGUACUAUUCUGGUUUAUUUUAUUCCAUGACAAUGACAGAUAUAACAUGCAGUUAUGUCAAUCUGUGGAUCUCGCUGUACCGUGACACUAGCAGGUUUUAUCUGCAAUACCUGUAAUUUACUCUUCUUGCUACAGGUUACCACUUGGUCUGAAUUUAACGUGACUAUUUUAUUUGUCAUUGUAGGUUGGAUUGUUUUUUUAAGCGGAUGAAUGCACAACACUAUGUUUCUCACUGCCUGCAAAGACCAGAGUCCAUUAUUAGAGCAUCUGACCAACUCUAUGAAAAUGGACAAGGAUAAAAAUAUGUCUGAGAGGAUGUUGCACCUGACUUUGGAGAUGAUCUCUCUGCUGACUGGAGAGGACUAUAUCAUUGUGAAGAAGCCUGGUGAAACUAUCCCUCACAACAGCAUUCCUUAUGAGUCAGAGCGAUCCUGCGAUAUCCAGAGUCACAGCUCAGCAUCUCCACCUCACUCACAAGAGAGCAGCCAUGACAUGAAGAUCCUGGAAGCACCCAAAAAGAACAUAAACUUGCUGACUGGAGAGGUUCCUAUAAGGUGUGAGGACAUCGCUGUCUAUUUCUCCAUGGAGGAGUGGGAGUAUUUAGAUUGCCACAAGGAUCUCUACAAGGACGUGAUAACUGAGACUCACCAGCCCCUCAGCUCAAAUGAUGGGUCUGUGGAAAAUAUUAUUCCCAAAGAACAUGGUGCCUCACUUACAUCACCCGAUUGUGUAAAUAAAGAAAAACCUGCCUUCACAGCUAACAAAACAAGAAACGGUCAGAGAACAAGGAAGCCAUGGAAGGCACAAAAAAGACUUGAGAGACGUGUAAGUGAGAAGACUUUAUAUGACAGGGAUGUCAACAACUCUGGCAUUUGUACACCCACAGAACAUGCAAAAACCCAAUACACAUCAACCUCUAUGAUAGAGAAAUCGAAUCUAUGUAAACUAAGAAACACCACAGAGACUGACAUGUCUGCACCUAUAGGACCGAUGCUGGAGGAAAAUAUAACUGUGCAUCUAAUCGAGGAAUCCACCUCCUGUAAAGAAACGAAUACCACCCAAAGUGACAUUGCACCACAGACAGAACAUACAGCUUCCCGUUUUAAGGAGGAAUCCGAUAUAGGUGAAGAUGGAAAUCUCAGAAACCCUGAUAUUUAUUUACCUUCCAGACAAACACAGCCAGAAUAUGCAUCUAUACACAUUAAGGAGGAAUCUGCCUCCUGUGCAGAAGAAAAUCUCACAGACAUUGACCUUUAUAGAUCCACAGAACACACAUCGAUAGAAUACCCAUCUACUCAUAUUAAGACUGAACCAUCCUCAUGGGAAGAAUGGAACUUUACAGAUACUGACAGUUGUAUACCGAUGGGAUAUACACAGACAGACAGUAGGCAUUAUAAUAACGAAGGUGAGAUAUGGAACCAUAGUGAUCAUACAAUGAGUGAGAACUUCACAACAAUGGACUUUAAUCAGAUCUUUGAUAAUACAUCUGAUUGCUACCAAAGCAUACAUACUACAGAGGAAACUAGUAAUGUAGAUCUUGUCCAUCAUUCAUUAGAUCGCCAGGCAAAGAAGCUGACAUGCUCGGAGUGUGGGAAACAAUUUUUAAGUAAAUCAAACUUGGUCAGACAUUAUAUGGUUCAUACAGGAAAGAAACCAUUCACGUGUUCAUAUUGUGGGAAAUGCUUUGCUGAUAAGUGGAAAUUUGAGCGACAUCAAAGGAUCCACACAGGAGAGAGACCUUACUCAUGUCCUGUGUGUGGGAAAGGUUUUACUGAUAAAUCAAGGGUUGUUGUACAUCAGAGGAUCCACACAGGAGAGAAACCAUACUCCUGUUCUGUGUGCGGGAAAUGCUUUUCUGAUAAGUCAGGGGUUAUUAAACAUCAGAGGACUCACACACGAGAAAAAACUUACUCAUGUUCUUCAUGUGGGAAGUGCUUUACCAGUAGGUCACACCUUAUUACACACCUUAGGAUCCACACAAAAGAAAAGCCUUAUGGAUGCUCCAUAUGUGGAAAACGAUUUACUCAGAAAGCUAACCUUUUAACCCAUCACAGGACUCACACUAGUGAGAAGCCAUUCCACUGCUCUGUAUGUGGCAAAUGUUUUGCUCAAAAAUCAACUCUUAUAAAACAUGAGCGAAUUCACCCAAGAGACAAACCAGUUCCAUAUCAGUCGGCCAGGAUCCAGAGCCCCAGUACGGUGCCCCCACCUCACUCACUGAUACAGGAGAAAACUAAUGAGAAGAUACUGGAACUGACCAAUCAGAUCAUCCAGCUGCUGACUGGAGAGGUUCCUAUAAGGUGUGAGGAUGCCAUUGUCUAUUUCUUCAUGGAGGAGUGGGAGUAUCUAGAAGGACACCAGGACAUUUAUACGGACAUGAUGAUGGAGGAUCACAAUACCUUAAGCAGACAAGAUGGAUCCCAGGAAAGGUUUACAGAUGAAGAUUUUCGUCCCCGGGUUAAUUCACCAAAAUGUGUCUUAGAAAACAGAACUAACUUCAAAAAUAACCAGGAAACAAAAUAUGUUGUGAAAAAUAACUCACAGAAUGGACAGAUGAAAUAUGUAAUGAAUAAAGGAGUGGAAUUGGACUCCCAUGAAAAUGUAAAUAUGACAAACACUAAUAUCUAUAUGCAGAUAGAAUAUACAUCUACAUCUGGGGCCGGGAAACUUGAUUCACACAUGGAAGAAAACCUCCUAGCCCCUCAUACUUCUGUAAAGACAGACAAUACAAAGGCUGAAUAUAAAUGUGUUCAUGUUAAAGGGGAAGCUGCUUCCUAUGGAGAAAUUAAUCUCACCGGUGUUUAUACAUCCACGGGAGCUACACAGGCCGAAGACACCUGUCUUAUUAAGGAGGAAUUGACCUCAUUGGAAGAAGGAAAUAUUAUAGACAAUUAUACACCUGAAGAAGAGACAGAAUACACAUUUGAUAUAAAGAAGGAAUCAGACUCAGAGGAUCUCACAGAUACGGACAGCUAUACAACCACAAAACAGGCACAGAUAGAAUAUACAUCUACUGACGGUGCGGAGACUCAAGACUUGUAUGAGGAAGAAAACCUAUCAAAGGUUUAUACAUCCCCAGAAAAUGCACACAUACAAUCUAUAUCUAAUUGUACUAGAAAUAAAUACGUCUUGAGUGACGGCAGUAUUUCGGACAUAAAUAUUUAUACACUCACAGAACAUGAACUGAUAAAAUCUACAUCUUCUCAGGUUAAGGCGGAACCAGUUUCCUGUGAGGGACACCUAACGAUCAGUAAUAUAACCACAUUAAAUACAUCUGCCCAUAUUAAGGAGGAACCAGUUUCAUGUGAAGCAAAUUUUGUCAACAUUAUACCCACACAAUGUACACCUUUUCAGAUUAAAGAGGAACCAGUUUCAUGUGAGGGACAUCUAACGAUCAGUAAUAUAACCACAUUAAAUACAUCUGCCCAUAUUAAGGAAGAACCAGUUUCAUGUGAAGUAUCUUUCACUAAGAUGAAUACAACCAAAGAACCCACAUCGACUCAGAUUAAGGAGGAAAUAUCUUCUUUUAAAGAAUGUAAUCUCAAAGCCAGUGGCAUUCUGGCUCGUGACAAACAUGCAGGAGUCAACAGAUACAACAAAAGUAACAAAAAUGUUUCAAUAACAGAAGAUGAUGAGCAUGGCAACAAUAUCAUUAACUUGGCAGCUUUUGUAAAUGCACAAAAACCACAUAGUUUAUUGAAAAUGUUUAACUGUUCUGCGUGUCAGAAAUGUUUUUCUUGUGUCUCUGAUUUUGUAAAACAUCUGAACAAUCAUAAAUUAAAAAAGCUGCCAUGUACCUAUUGUAAUAAACUGUUCACUUGUAAUUCCAACCUUCUUAGGCAUAUGACAAUCCACACAGGAGAGAAACAGUUUUCAUGCAGUGAAUGUGGAAAACGUUUUGCUCAAAACUCAUGUCUUGUUAGACAUAAAUCUAUUCACACACAAGCAAAGCCAUUUUCGUGUUCCAAAUGUGAUAAAUGUUUUUCCCAACGUUCCCAUCUGGCCGAGCAUGAGCGGAUCCACACAGGAGAGAAGCCAUUUUCAUGUUUUGAAUGUGGAAAAUGUUUCACCAGUAGGUCAACUCUAUUUACACACAGGAGGGUUCAUACAGGAGAGAAACCAUUCUCAUGUUCUGCGUGUGAGAAAUCUUUUUCUAGAAGUUCCAGUCUUGCUGAACAUCAGAGGAUUCAUGCUGGAGAUAAACCUUUUUCCUGUACUGUAUGUGGGAAAUGUUAUUCUCAUAAGUCAGACCUAGUCAUACAUAAUAGGAGUCACACAGGAGAGAAACCAUUCUCGUGUUCUGAAUGUGGAAAAUGUUUCAGCUACCGCUCACAUCUAAAGACACAUCAGAAUAGUCACAGUAAUACAAGUGCAUCAUAAUGUUUUGUAUUUUCAAAGUGUUUUACUGAUAAAUAAAUAACUGACUUUGCUUACUAGAAA